AUGGAUCACUCACAAUUCAAGGCAUUGUUCGAGGCAUUGCAAGUACAAAAUCAACAGAUUUUGAAGCAACACCAAGAAGAAAAGAAUUUGAUGCAGAAUCUGCUUGAGCGCGUUCUUCAAGGUCAACCGGCACAGAUUGCAGAUCAAGCCGUUCUUGCUCAAGAUUCAAUAGCAUUUAAAGUUAAAUGUUUGGCCGAUUCUAUGGUCAAUUUUGAAUAUGACCCAGACAGCAAUCAAACGUUUGAGGAACAGUAUCAACGUUAUGCGGAUUCAAUUUUACCUCUUAAACCACAAGAUUGUACAUUUGAGAACACUGUGACAACACUUAAGAAACUUUUCGGUUAUAAAGAAACAAAGUUCGCAAUGCGUCAUAGGUGCUUUAACCUCGCAAAGUUCGACCAUGAGGAUUUUAGCAUGUAUGCUGCUCGUAUAAAUAAGCCCGCCGAGAAGUUUGACAUUUCUCAUUGUACUGCGGAUGACUUUAAAGUUUUGUUAUUUGUGAGUGGCUUAAAACACGUCAAGGACUCGCUUAUCCUGGAAAAGCUUCUAACGAAAGUUGACAAUCAGUAUUUAGAGUUGGAGAGGGUAACAGAUACGGCCGCACGUGCAGACGUUCACAAGCUGAAUUUGCAGGAUUUGAUCAACGAAGCCGAGCGUAUAAUUUGCUUGAAGCUUGACAAGGGUAAAGUUGGCGAGGCAUUCGCUGCUCAAGAAGUUCAUUCUGUUCAACAAAAUAAAAACUCAAAGUCAUCAUUCAACAAAGACAAGUCAACGGUUCGGAACCAAAGAAACGACACUCCUCGCUUGGCCUCUUUUCGUUGCGGCGAAAUACAUUGGAGUGAUAAUUGUCCAUGCAAGGACAAGCAGUGUGGCGAAU